UAAAAGUCAACUAUCAUGGUUUCCUCUUAAGCAGAUUAGGAUCUAUUGAAGAUUCAACUAAAAGGGAGCUGCUCAUUAAUUCAUCUCUUUUUGGAUGUAAUGUGCUUUUAAGCAAGUAAAACAGCUCCUUUAUCAACUAACUAAGUGAUUCCUGGAGUCAUUCAACUCUUCAGAAGGCAGCUUUCAUUAAAUUGUUGAGGAAGUGCAACAGCAGGUUAUAGAGGAUAGAAAAGUUCUCCUAUUUCCACUCUACUUGGUUAAAGAUGCCAUCUACCUCUUAUAGUUCAUUACCACCUUCCAAACAGUGGGAUUAUGAUGUGUUCUUGAGUUUUAGAGGAGAAGACACGCGUAAGACCUUUGUAGCCCACCUUUACAGAGAAUUACGUCGGGCUGGAAUCAAUACCUUCAAAGAUGAUGAAACACUAGAACGAGGUGCAUCGAUUUCACCUCAACUUGUCAAUGCCAUUAAACGGUCAAGGUUUGCCAUUAUCAUCUUCUCAAAGAACUAUGCAUCAUCCAAAUGGUGCUUGGAUGAGCUAGUGAAGAUCAUGGAAUGUCGAAAUGAAAUUGGGCAGGUAGUUAUACCAAUUUUCUAUGACAUAAAUCCAUCAGAAGUACGUUCCCAGAGAAAUAGUUUUGCCGAAGCCUUUUCCAAAUAUGAGGAGGAAUUCAAGGGUGACACCAAUAAGGUGCAUAGUUGGAGGAAAGCCUUAAAUAAAGCAGCCAAUUUGGCAGGCCAUGAUCUGCAUAGUACUACUUACAAUGGAAAUGAGUCUUGGUGCAUUCAACGCAUUGUGAAAGAGAUAGCUAAUGAGUUGUGCCAAAAGUCGAUGAUCAGUGGCACUCUAGUCGGAGCAGAAUCACAAAUUCAGGCUGUAAGCUCGAUGUUGAUGAUGGAAUGUGAAGAUGUUCGAUUUAUCGGUAUUUCAGGGAUGGGUGGUAUUGGCAAGACCACUAUUGCAAGAGCCAUUUUUGACAGGUUUGCUCAUCGAUUUGAAGGUGCUUGCUUUGUUGCAAAUAUUAAAGAAAAUCAAGAUAAACAAGGAUUGCUGUCUUUGCAAAAGACUGUGCUUUCUAAGGUGUUGACAAUUGAAUCUGUGAAUCUUGCUGAUGAAUAUGGUGGAAUUGAUAUAAUAAGAAAAAGGCUUGGCUUUAAGAAGGUUCUAGUAGUUCUUGAUGAUGUGGAUCACCAAAACCAGUUGGAUGGGCUAGCUGGAGCCCAUGAUUGGUUUGGUAAAUACAGUAGAAUUAUUAUAACAGCGAGGGACGAGCACUUGCUUUUGAACUGUGAUGACACU